UCACACCCAACCUCUCUCUCCCUCUCUCUCCGAGCUGACACUUAACACGCCACCAGUUCCUCCUGUGUCUCGCUUUCCUCCUCCUCCUCCUCAGGUUUAAAAUCAAGAGCUUCAAGCGUUUCUUCACGAACAGGACAGAGUGCGCGUGUCGAGAAACUUCGCUCGUGAACUCCAGCGAGGCUUUGCCUGCUGCUUGGCCGCCGAUUGGACGAGCCGGCGACGUGUUUGGAACGUCCGUGAGAGAGACGGGGCCGUGGGCGAGGAUCUCGGAGCGCCGUGAACAGGCACCAUGUCGUACGGAGCAGUCAGGGAGUACAACUCCCAGUCCCAUGCGCAACGCCAAGCGAUGUCGGAAGCGAAUCAGACCAAAUUCAGGGACACCUCGCAUGACGCCAGCAACUGCCUCAAAAAGAUGUCCGACAAGAUCGCAGAGUUCGAUCGGUACCUGGGCGGCCGGAGCUUGGACUUGAACGAUCGGCCUCAGCGAAUACAUAUCAUCGGCCUCCAGACAGUGAUCAAGGAUCUGGUCACGGAGGUGCUGUCGCUCCUCUGCGCGCUCACGGCUCUGGGCGGCCACUACAGCGAGGAUCAGCUGAUGCGGCUGAAUCGCAUGAGGAGUGAGUUUCUCCAAAUGGCGCAAGACUACGAGCAGACGCAGCAGAAAUUGUAUCAGAAACUCGACAAUAUCUUCGGCGCCCUGGUCGACGUCGUGGAUGAAGAGGUUGAAGAUGAGAUCGAUGCCCAUGGCGUGAGAUCACAUGUUACAAGACAGAGGCAGGAAGAGAGAAAGAAAAGAAGGAUGGCUAAUGAAGCCAUUCAGCAACAGACGGAAGUCAUGAUCGAUAUCAAUGAAAUCAAGACGAGACUGAAUCAAGCGUUCAGCGAAAUGAACCGCGCCAUCGAUUCCACCGUGGCUCAGAGUCGACCACAAUGGAGAGAGGUUAACCAACCUCACCUCCUCCCCAGAAAUAACGACUAUGAAAAUGCGAACCAAGGGAAUGUCAACGACCCUCUGCUGGUCGGCUCCAGGUCUCCACCGUUAUGGAAGACCAGGUGCUGCGACGUGACGUUCGUCACCGCAUGCUUGCUCGUGAUCUGCCUCAUCGUGGGGCUGCUGGUGUGGUGCUCUCUGGCGAGAUCCUCUUCGGCACUGCAGCCAAUCACAGGACCAAAUGAAGGCACCGAGGGCGCACGACUCUUGCCAAUAAUAAGCCAAUGAAACGUGACGACGGCAAACGACACGAAUGUGGAGCGGAGACAAACGCAGUUACACGUGUCGCACACGCUUUCGAGGAUUCGGCUGCUAUAAAUGUCCACUUCGUUGAGCUGUCAUCUGUGGCCAGGCCGCUUCUGAGAAAGAGCUGUAUGGCUCAGUGGGUCUUAGCAGGUCAAAUAAAAAUGGUUUAGUUGAGUAGUUUAGAAUUCGGCUACACAGCGGGCGCGCAUUGCUGGGUUCGUGGAACCAAAACGGGGUUUCGGCUGUCUGUGAUAGAACCAGACUAGCAGAUGCAGCGAGUUGAUGGUAUCAGCUCAGUCACAUAAGAGGCCGUCCAUAAAUGACGUCACACACCUGGGGGGGGGGGUCAGACAUUUGUGACGAUGUGUGACGAGGGGGGGGGGGGGUUGAGAAAUGUGACAUCACAUCAAAAUGCGCAACUUUAAAUGAAUAUAGACAACACGUUCUACUUAAUUAAAUAGACUUUUAAAUAAAUGUUUUCUCCUACAACAUCAGAGUGCAGCGCCACAUUAAAUGCACACUACAAUAACAAUAGUUUAAAGCGAUGUGAAGCAUAUUUUAUUUUGGGGGGGCAGAGCUUUGUGACGUCAUAUUUGAGGGGGGGUCUGACUUUUUGUGACGCCGUGGGACGAGGGGGGGGUCAAAAAUUGUCCAAAAUCGCGUGACGUCAUUUAUGGACGGCCCCUAAUGACUACGGGGGGAAAAAAGGCCCCAUAAUAGCGGUUUUUGGGGUUAGAUCGUGUAAAUAUAUAAAUGAGUCGUUAAAACCGCCACCACCCGACACAGCCAACCAGUAAGGGUUGUCACGUAAACAGAACGUGGCCAAUUCGUCACUAGUACAGCAUCACCGGUGUGUUGGAGAGCCAAGCCACAACAUUUACAAUGUGAGUACAAAGCCCCAUUGUCAAACUCUUAGUUCUUUCGGUAAAGUCACGUAGGUAAAAAAUGAAAUAAAAAUUAAUAAAAAUAAAAACAAUAAAAUCACGACGUUUCGGAGGCAACACAAGCUUCUGUCUUCAGGUGAAACUGUCACAGCAAAUUUGUUUUUCAUUCAAUUUGUAAAGACUCCAGUUCUGAGAAUUCAAGAUAUUGAUUUACCAUGCCUGCCACUUGACACACACACUUCUCAGGAGUAUGAAACAGAAGAGAGUAAAAUAGGUCACGACGUAGGGAUUUUUAGAAGUGCUUCUGUAAUGUCGGCUUCUGCCGGCUGUUCUCUAACAUUGGCCGAUGCAAUAAUAAUACUCUGCAAGAAUUGUAAAUGGAUACUUCACUUCCACUUCGUGACAUUGUUGGUCGUGCUGAUUGCACUGUGCUGUGGCUACACAAAAAGGCUAAAUAAAACCAAUGAGGGCAAAAAUGUAAUGUUUAAAGAAGUGAUGAUAUAUGAGCACGUAAAAAAACCAUAGCCUUUAGCAUUAAUACCGCCUUAUUAUGUACUAGCUUUACUACCCGGCUUCGCCCAGGAUUUGGAUUCACCACGCCCGGCCGCCUUUGUCUCCCCAGUGGCGAUGUUCACACCACACCAAUUACUCGUUUGAGGCUGAGUCGAUCUAGGGGAGGCCCAGGACCGGUUCAAAUAAUCGUCACCGGCUGUGGCCGUGAGCGGGAAUCGAACUCGGGUCACCGGGUUCGUAGUACAGCGCGCUAACCGCUACACUACAAUGCGUUACACUUCCACAUGCGCGGGUCACGUGACAGAUGUGACGUCACAACUCACUUGCCGUGCAAAAAAUAUAUGCAUUAUUGAGCUCCCCCCCCCCAAAAAAAUCCUAAAGUGUAUUUUUAUAAUGUUUGCAUGGUGUACAGUCUGGAAAGUACCCACAUGGCAAAUUUCAUGUUUGUUGCAUGUCGGGAAGUUCGCUAAAUAUUUUGAACAGACACACAUAAUCACAAAUGUCCCUUUUAUAUAUAUGGAGAUUGAUUGAUGAUAAACAAUACACACUUAUUAUUAAUUGUAUUCCUAUGUUGUUCCUUGUUGCCGAACAUAUUUUAAUGGUUUAGUUUUAAGGAAUUUGUUCUGUAAAAAAAUAAACGUAAUUUCUCGUAUAUUGAACUACCUGCAAAUACCCGUCAUUGCCCGGGUAUGUGAGGCUAUCCCUUGUGAAUGUCGAAGGAAGAGGGGUGAUCUCAGUGGUGUUACAGCAACUGUCUAGAAUUUUCUGUGCCACGGGGUCCUGUAAUAACAUCAAAUAUUACCUGCCCCCACAAUGGUUUUUAUUAUGACACGCUUUCUUUUAACUCGCUCUGUUGUUGUUGUAUCCUAAAAUCUUGUAACUCAAUUUUAACCCACUUCCCAAUGUGGUAUCGACUGCAAACUUUGUAUACUUAUGUCAUACUGAUGGCAAUGCUAUAUUAUAUCAUAAAAAUAAAAGAUAUAUAUUUUAAA